AAAGUUUUGGACUGUGAGGAAAACCGAUUAAGUGCCAGAAAUAGGCCUAACAGCAGUCAAGACCUUAUUGAAGAGCUAAAUCAAGAACUUGUGACUCAGAGGGAGCAUGUGUGAUGAUCUGCUGUUCCUUGCUCAGCCCGCAGAAAAACCCAGCGCGUCUGAGAUGAGUGGUCCUCUGUGGUCCCCGGCCGCUGUCCCUGCCUGCUCUUUGCAGCGCUUGGUGGCGUGAGCAGAUUGCUCCAUCCUGGCAUCCACGGGAGCGUGGAAUGGCCUCUUUAGACCUGCCGUACCGUUGUCCUCGCUGUGGGGAACACAAACGCUUUCGGAGUCUGUCGUCUCUACGUGCCCAUCUUGAGUACAACCACACCUACGAGACCCUGUAUGUGUUGUCCAAGUCCAACAGCGUAUGCGAUGCCGCUGCGCUGCUCCCCCUAGUGGCCGACGGAGCCCUCGCCGCCGAAUCUCGUUUUCCUCACCGCGAACUGCCCUGCUCUGCAGAAGAGCUCGGGCUUACGCCUUCAUCUACUGCUUGCUACCUGCCCAAUGUGGAGUUUCCUCUGGGCGAGAUCCUGGUGAAGACAGCCAUGAGCUCCGGCGACGCCUUGUCCUCCACAGGGAACAACGCCGUGGCGGUGGCCGCUAACGUAGCCGCUAGUGCGGUGGAGGCGGCUUACGAGGAGGGCCUGGCUCGGUUGAAAGCUCGAGCAUUUGGGAGGCUCGAGCUAGACGAGAGGCUCGAGAAGUUGUCGGAGGAGGUGGAGCAGAAGAUCGCGGCGCGUGUUGGCCGUCUGCAGGCGGAGCUGGAGAGGAAAAGCUUUGAGCUGGAAAAGGCAAAGGUGGAGAGCGAGAGGCUCAGUGAGGAGAAGCAAGACCUGGAGGACAAGGCCACUGAGCUUUCACGGCAAGUGAAUGUGUCUGUGGAGAUGCUGGCCAGCCUUAAGCAGGAUCUGGUUAACAAGGAGCAGGAGCUCACACACAAACAACAAGAGGUGGUCCAGAUCGACCAGUUUCUGCAGGAAACGGCUGCGCGUGAAGCCAAUGCUAAAGUGCGUCUUCAGCAGUUCAUCGAGGAGCUGUUGGACCGGGCCGACCGUGCUGAGAAACAGCUCCAGAUCAUCAGCAGCUGUGCCACCACCCCCAACGGCAGCCUGGGACACUGCAGUCUGCAGGGAUCCAAACCUAAUGGACGACAGAGAAAUUCCAGUAUCUCUGGGGCAUCGAGGGGAAUGUACCAAGUGUCCGAUCGACGUUCCUGCCCCAGCACUGCCGCAUCAGGACGAGGGAAGUCUGUGUCCCAGGGUUCAGGAGGUUAUGACAGUGACAGUGUGGACCUCCACGCUCUGGAGGACUGCCCUGAUGCUCAGUACUACCACGUCCAGUGCCGACUCGGGGAAGGAGGCGGAGGAGGAUACGAAAGAGCGGCUGCUUCCCGGAGCUGGGGUCUCCGCAAACAGGCCAUCCAGAACUGGCAGCGCCGGCCGUACCGGAACAGCACGGAGGGAGAGGAGGGCGACGUGUCUGACGUAGGAUCCCGCACCACCGAGUCCGAGGCUGAGAUGUGGGAGCAAGACAGGAGAGCAGAGAGCCAGCAUGGGGGAAACCGAGGAGGAUACAGACUAGCUACAGGUCGUUCUGAAAGGGGAUACAAGCCUUGUCGCCAUGAGAAAAGCCCCUCCAAAUUCAACGAGGUGAUCAGUCCUGAGGUGCUGAAGAUACGUGCCGCUCUCUUCUGUAUCUUUACCUACCUGGAUACGAAGACACUCCUGCGUGCGGCCGAGGUGUCCCAGGAUUGGAAGUUUGUGGCUCGUCACCCGGCGGUGUGGACCAGAGUGCUGCUGGAGAACGCUCGCAUCUCUUCAAAGUUCCUGUGCACUCUGUCUCAGUGGUGCACACAGACGCAUUCCCUCAUCCUCCAGAACCUCAAACCCCGGCAGAGGGGCAGAAAAGAGACAAAGGAGGAGUAUCUGAAGAGCACACGUGGCUGUCUUGAGGAGGGUCUGGAGGCUUUGUUGAAAGCUACUGGCAGUAAUCUGCUCAUCCUGAAGGUGUCUCAUUGUCCGAAUCUAUUGACCGAUCGCUCUCUGUGGUUGGCGAGCUGUUAUUGCAGGGCUCUACAGGCUGUCACAUACAGGAGUGCGACAGACCCUGUUGGACAAGAAGUUAUCUGGGCUUUGGGAGCUGGUUGCAGAGACAUCAUCUCACUACAGGUGGCACCUUUGCAUCCAUGUCAGCAGCCAGCACGCUUCAGUAACAGGUGCCUGCAGACCAUUGGCAGAUGCUGGCCACACCUGCGAGCACUGGGUGUGGGCGGAGCUGGCUGUGGCAUACAGGGAUUGGCUUCUUUGGCGAGGAACUGCAUGAGGCUCCAGGUUCUAGAGUUGGACCACGUCAGUGAGAUCAAUCAGGAAGUGGCUGCUGAGAUGUGCCGAGAGGGACUAAAGGGUCUGGAGAUGCUGGUGCUCACCUCCACUCCUGUUACUCCUAAAGCUCUGCUUCACUUCAACAGUGUGUGCCGUAACCUGAAGUCUAUUGUAGUCCAGAUCGGUAUAGAAGAUUACUUUGAAGACCCUAACAGUCCCGAGGCCAGAAAACUCUUUGAUGAAAUGGUGAACAAGCUGCAGGCACUCAAAAAAAGACCUGGUUUCUCCAAAAUCCUCCAUGUGAAGGCUGAUGGCUUGUGCUAACUCUGCUGUGUUGAGGCCAGAGCCACAUAAAGGUUCACCGAAUAUUUCAACCUGAUCGAGUCAUUCUCUCCUCGAAGAAACAAGGAAGAAUCAAACACUUCCGCUUCAGUUUGAACUCUAAACACCAGUCUACCACAACAAGACGGGAGCAUCUGUUAGCUUUGAUAUGACGCAACCAAAUAGAGGAGUCUGUAAAGACAAUACGAACAAACUCUACGAGAAGGCAUAAUUACUUGCCAUGGCUGCCUUUCCAACAGUCACCCAGUUACAGACUAAGGAUUUUUCUCCUGCUUGCCAAACGCACUAAACUUUUAAUAAGAUCUCAGAGAGCAUGACGUCUCUCUUCAGAGCACAGAGCUGCAGGAGGGAGCAGUCUCAUAUUCGAGAUUGACCUGAAUCAUAAAAUCAACGUGAAAUCCAAACAGCACAAAUUUAAAAUGCACAUGGCUAAGUUAGUAAUGUGGGAGUGUGUGUUUGUGUGAUCAGCUCGAUUGCUUCCCCCGAUGUUCAGCGAAGAGACGCAUUUGUUCAUUAGUCGUCACUUAAGAGCGUCUGGACAGCCGUAUUACUAGGACAAAUAUCAACAUAACCUAAUCACCAGCUUCAGACAUGGCUUACAGAGACUAUAUUUAGGGGAAGCCAUGUCGCCACAGAAAUUACUAUUACCUGCAGUUAUCUUGUGUCUUUAAGCGCAAGUUGAAACUGAAUGAAGAAGCCAAGCUGUUUGUGUUCGUGUCAGACCCUCCAGUACUUUAGCCGUAUUCCCAUGACCAGGGUCACUCUGGCAAGGGUUUGUUUCUCAUCAUUGGAUGUGUUGUUCCAGACAGAUUUGCAAUGCCUUCUCCAUAAGGUGCCAUCCAUAGCUCCGACGUUUUGUUUUUAAGGUUGAAUUUUGGUCAUAUCCAAUGUGCCAUUAGUCUAAAAGGUGUUCAGUCAUACCCUACAAGGUGUGCACUUACCUAAAGGAAUUUAAGGGUGAAUAGUGAGGGAUGGAGACAAGCUCAUGGUGCUGUUAGUCCAAUGUAACCCUACUGUUUCACCUCAGAUGUCAACGUCUCCAUCACUCACUGUUCUGUGGAACUCGGGCUGGUGCAACUGAAUGGGUGAGGUUUCAGAUGCUACUUUCCAUGUUCUAAAGGUAGAAUUCUCUGCUGAAUGGAGAAUUCUGAUUCUGAGUUCUGAAUGUACACACUGCACAAUUGAAUAGAAGGGAUAAAAACAAAUAUAUACAGUUGUUACAUUAGGUUCUUUACAGUAUCUACAAGAACUUCGCUUAUAAAAUGUGUAGGUUAGGGUUUGGCUU